AUGCGCUUUCUCGCGUUCAUCUCCCUCUUACUGGGAUGUCUGUCUCAUUACUUCGUCUCUGCAACUAACAAUGGCAAGACAACCGAGGUGACAUGGGAUAAAUAUAGUCUCUCGGUAAAAGGCGAACGGGUCUAUAUCUUCUCUGGUGAAUUCCAUUACAUGCGACUUCCCGUUCCGGAGCUAUGGCUCGAUGUGUUCCAGAAGUUGCGCGCUAAUGGGUUUAACGCGGUCUCGAUAUACUUUUUCUGGAGCUUCCAUUCUGCCUCGGAAGGUACUUUCGACUUUGAAACUGGCGCGCACGAUGUCCAGCGAGUCUUUGACUAUGCCAAACAAGCCGGUCUCUACGUGAUUGCCCGCGCGGGCCCGUAUGACAACGGCGAGACCUCUGCCGGCGGCUUUGCUCUGUGGGCUGCAAAUGGCCAGAUGGGGAGCACGCGGACCAGCGCCGAAUCCUACUACGAGAGAUGGCUGCCGUGGAUCUUACAGAUCGGCAAGAUCAUUGCGGCAAACCAGAUCACCGAGGGCGGACCUGUGAUCUUGCACCAGCAUGAGAACGAACUGCAGGAAACGGUGCACAGCGCCAACAAUACCCUCGUCGUGUACAUGGAGCAGAUUGCGGCGGCUUUUGAUGAGGCCGGGGUGGUUGUGCCCAGCACGUCCAAUGAAAAGGGCAUGCGUUCGGUAAGCUGGUCAACAGACUAUGAAGAUGUUGGCGGUGCCGUCAACGUCUACGGUCUGGACUCGUAUCCCGGAGGCCUGUCUUGUACGGACCCGGACUCUGGGUUCAACCUCGUGCGCACCUACUAUCAGUGGUUCCAGAACUACUCAUACACCCAACCGGAGUUUCUGCCCGAGUUCGAGGGUGGAUGGUUCCAGUCAUGGGGUGGCUACUUCUAUGACCAAUGUGCUGCUGAACAGUCGCCCGAGUUUGCCGAUGUCUACUACAAGAAUAAUGUCGGCUCGAGAGUGACCCUUCAGAGCUUGUACAUGGCCUUUGGAGGGACAAAUUGGGGCUACAGUGCUACGCCAGUCGUCUAUACUUCCUAUGAUUAUGAUGCGCCGCUGCGCGAGACUCGUGAAAUUCGCGAUAAGCUCAAACAGACGAAGCUGAUCGGCUUGUUCACUCGCGUCUCAUCGGGUCUUUUGCAGACUGAGAUGGAAGGUAACGGGACGGGUUACACCAGUGACGCUAGUAUCUACACGUGGGCGCUUCGCAAUCCUGACACUCAGGCCGGUUUCUACGUGUUGGCACACAACUCAAGUCCCUCGCGUGCCGUGACUACAUUCUCGUUGAAUGUCAAUACCUCAGCCGGGGCUAUCUCAAUCCCCGAUAUCGAACUGGACGGCCGACAGAGUAAAAUCAUAGUCACCGAUUACCAAGUUGGCGAAACUUCAAGCUUGCUAUACUCAUCCGCAGAAGUUUUGACCUACGCCACUCUCGACAACCCUGUGAUUGUGUUCUAUCUGAACGUCGGGCAGAAGGGAGUCUUCGCCUUCAAGAAUGCACCCGCCCAUCUCACAUUCCGGACCUACGGAAAUUCUAAUGUGACUUCUGCGGCAUCAGAUCAUGGAACACAGUACUCGUAUACCCAGGGAGAAGGACCAACCGUCGUCAAAUUGUCCAACGGCGUUCUCUUAUAUCUACUUGAUAAAGAGACGGCCUGGAACUUCUUCGCUGUGCCCACAACAUCCAAUCCACAUGUCUCUCCCAGCGAACAGAUUCUUGCACUCGGGCCGUAUCUAGUCCGCGAGGUGACUGUCAGCGACAACACUGUCAGUCUCAUCGGCGACAAUGCCAACACUACAUCGCUCGAAGUAUAUACCGGCAACCCGAAGGUCACAAAGAUCAUGUGGAAUGGCAAAGUGAUUGCAACUAAGAAGACGGCAUACGGUAGUCUAAUCGGCUCAGCUCCAGGCGCAGAGGAUGCUAAACUAACUCUGCCCACCUUGAACUCCUGGAGGUCUCAGGAUACGCUGCCUGAGAUCCAGGCUGACUAUGACGACUCACGUUGGACUAUUUGCAACAAGACCAUCACCGUCAACCCUAUCCCACCUUUGACUCUCCCAGUGCUCUACUCCGGCGACUACGGUUAUAACGCGGGAACGAAGCUCUAUCGCGGUCGUUUCGAUGGGAAAAAUGCCACGGGGGCCAACAUCACCGUGCAAAACGGUGUAGCAGCCGGCUGGGCUGCCUGGUUGAACGGCGCUUAUGUCGGCGGUGCUCUGGGCGACCCGGACUUGGCUUCGACAUCGGCGGAGCUUACAUUCAACAGCUCCAGUCUUCGUGACUCCGACAACGUCCUGACCGUUAUCAUGGACUAUACGGGUCACGACGAAGCGAACGUCUCCCCUGCAGGACCUCAAAACCCCCGGGGGAUCCUAGGCGCCACACUCUUCGGAGCGAACUUCACAUCGUGGCGCAUCCAAGGCAACGCCGGCGGCGAAGCCAACAUCGACCCGGUUCGCGGGCCCAUGAACGAAGGCGGACUCUACGGCGAGCGUAUGGGUUGGCAUCUGCCCGGUUACCCGAUCCCAAGAACCGCCGGAACGGAAAGCCCUCUCGAUGGAGUAUCUGGAGCAGAAGGCCGCUUCUACACGACCACGUUCAAGCUGGAACUGGACAGAGACCUCGACGUUCCGAUUGGGCUGCAGGUCGACGCACCGACCAACACAUCCGCUGUCGUGCUGAUCUUCAUGAACGGGUACCAGUUCGGCCACUACCUGCCGCACAUCGGACCUCAGACCUUGUUCCCCUUCCAACCCGGCGUGAUCAACAAUGGGGAGAAUACGUUGUCGAUUAGUAUGUGGGCGUUGAAUGAGGGAGGUGCCCGCUUGAGUCAAGUGGAGUUGGUCGCGUACGGCGCGUACCGCACGGGGUUCAACUUUGACCACGACUGGGCGUAUUUGCAGCCGGGCUGGACAGAUCGGAGCCAGUACAGGUGA